CAGAGCCCAGCAUUGGCAUCUCAGAGCUCGUUAGCCUGCAAAGUGAAAGCAGGUGGGUGGGAAAAACCUGUGGGGAAUACAACAGCAGCAGCUGCCAGAGUCAUCUUCUUGGUCCUCUGAAAGGGCACCAGAAGGCUCACUGGAGAGAGGGAAGAGGAAGUGGUCCUUAUCUCUGGCACCAGUGUUGGCCAUCCUUGCCAUGUCCAGCCGGAGACGUUCCCAGACCUUCCUCCAAGACACAGCCAGUAAAGGGGCAGAGUUUGUGAAGACACUGCGACUGUUCUACCCACAGGCAGAUACCCUCUGUGAGAAGGACUUCGACUGGCUCUUUGACUGCCCCGAGACAGAGCAGUUCAUCAAGUGGUUCUGCAAAACAGUGGGAGAAGAGAACGUGCUGAGCCCGGCUGAGGUGCAGGCCUAUGAUGCUCUGGUGGCUGCAGGCAAACCUAUCCUGGAAGGUGAUGCCCUUAAGCAGGCAUUGCAGAAGUGCCAGAAGACCCUGCAGCUCACACGUGUGAUACCAGAGGCUGAGGGAAGCUCUCUGGAGGCCUUGCAGCAGGAGAUCCAGGAGCUGGAUGGAUACCGUGCCCGUCAGCUCUGGAGGCUCAACAAGCUGCAGGUUUGGGCAGCCAGCCUGCAGCAGGAGCUGAGGUAUUUGGAAGAGGAGGAGAAGGUGACAAAGGAGGUCUUGAGGAAGGCUCACGUGGAGCUGAGAGUGGAGAUCUUCCGAACCACCACUGUCCUGAAGCAGCUCGUUGAGCUUGCAAAGCAGCAGGUAGAGGAGUAUGAGAAAGCAAGGAAAGGCCAGCCGUCAGCACUGCUGCAUGAGAUGGACCUCAGAGGUUACAUAGAGCUUGAGCAACAGUUCACGGAUGCGUUUGAGUGCUUAAUGGAGCAGGUCCUGCCUGGGAGCGCUCAGACUCCAGAAAGCAGUGUGCAGGAAAGGCUGGAGGCUGCAAUACAGGUGGACUCAGCCUCAGAAAUAAUGGGAGGAAGAAGAGCAGCCCCUCAUCCAGAGUAUGCAGAGACAGUCGCAGCUGAAAGCCAGGGAAUAAAGAUUCAAGGCUCAAGGGCAGAACCUCCAGUGGAUGGGACGAGUGAGAGUGAGGAGCUGAGUGUGGGGGACGUGGAGGAGAAAGGUGACAGCCAGGAUGCCACAGAGAGAAUGGACAUCAAGCGAAAGGGGCUAAAAAGCCUUAGGACUAAUGGAGAUGAAAUAAUGGGCAACCGAGACAAUUUCUGGAUGGAGCUGAGCCAGCUGGAGACAGCAUAUAUCUGUGCUCAGAUGGAGGUUAUAGCCAUGUCGGCCAAAGUGGAAGGCAACUGUGCUGCCUUAAAUUGGGCCCAGAAGACUCUGGAAGCUCUCAAGGAGAACAAGCAUGCAGUAGAAGCCAAGCUUCAAAGUCAGGCUGCCACGUUCAAGAAGCAGCUUUACACCCUGCGCUGUGACAUUGCUCAGAUCCAGACCCACCAGCUGCUGCCCCAGGUGAAGGCAGCAGCCAGCCUCUUCCUCCUGCCCAUCCUGCAGGAAAAGCUCCGUCUGGAUGACGCUCGUCUGCAGGAUGUUGGCCGGAGGCAGGAGGAGGCAGCUGCAUGGGUGACGAGCCAGCAAAGCCGCCUGGAUCUGUUGGAGCUGCAGCUGAAACGGGAGAAAAAGGAGCUGGACCAGAAGGCUGCUUGGCUGGGAGAGACAGAAACUGUCCUGAAGAAUGCCCAGGCCAAGCUGCAGGCAUAUCGUGACUGCUGCAAAGAGGCCAGCUCCUCCAUGAAGGGUUCUGCACGCGCACAGAUAGAGCCUGAAGGCUCCAUUGCCAUGCGGCUCUGGGGUGUGCUGAUGGGGCAAGAUCAGGAUGAGCAGCAAUCCUGCAACUACAAGGCCAUAGCAACCCAUAGCUCCCAGCUGGUGCAGGAAAAAAGGGAGCUGGAAGCACAACUGGCAGUUCCUAUUCCCCAACAAUCCAACCUGGAGUCCACCAUAGAGGACCUCUACUGGCAGCUGUACAAUGACUCCAAACAACUGCAGCUUUGCUCUCCAGAGACUGCUGAACUGAUGGAGCAGCUGAUCACCAUCCAGGAUGUUCUGCACCAAAAUCUGACAGAACUCCUGAGUGACCUGAAGGUUAAACGCAGCUCUCUGCAGGACCCCAGCCUGCAGGCAGAGCGCAAACUCUACCUUCAUUUCUUCUGCAAUGAGGAUCGGCUGAGAGAGGUGGUGGAAGAGCAGGAGCAGCGGGCUUUGUCUUCCUCCAAGUGACUACUGAUGGAGCUGCCCUAGGCAAAGGAGUAGAUCAAAAUGAUGCCUUCUCCUUGUUGUGCAAAGUGGUAUUCUCAUCUAGUUAGGAUGACACAUUUAUCUUAGACUGGGAGAGAUCCCUGGUGGCCCUGGCUCCAGUGGCAGGGUAUGGUAAUGGUCAGUAGUUAGGCUUAAAAUAAGCAUGGAGCUCAUUCCUUAAGCAGAGAGUUUCUGAAAGCCACUGGGAGGGUAAGAUGAUAUGUAAGAAUCUGAAGCACUUUCGAAUUGGCAUUUGGAAACCUUGUAUAGGGAGGAGACUUCUUGCUAUGACAGCCCUACAACGGGAUGGGUGCUGCCUGCAUCCUUCUCCACUUUCUUGGGGAAAGGAGUUGUGCAUGUUUUGGGGGAAAUAAAAAGGUCUGUUUUUCACAAUUGCAGAAGAAAUGAGUCUGUCUCUCCUCACCAUAACUGUCCUGCCCUGCGCAGUAAAAACUCCUACCCUGUAUCUACUACCACAGUCCUUUGCUGAGGACUCUAUCUGUACUGCUGCUUGCUGAGAUUAUGGGUAUGGGCUGUGACGUUUCCUACUGUAGACUCAGGGCUACCUUGUUCACUCUGACCAUUCUAUUUCAAGCCAGUUUCCUUGAAGUUAGCCUACUGACCCUUGCCUCUUCUCCUCUGCCUGCUAUUAGAUCUCCUUUCCAAAGAGGGUGUGCCAGUAGAUCUAUGUCCAUGCUAUGCAGCUGACACUCAGGGUGGCAUCAUGACACUGCUUGCUCCCAUGGACAAGGAUGGCACUAUAGCAUACAGUAUGACUCUCUGUAGGACAGAGAAGAGAAGAAGUGGCUGGUAGAGGAUGUGCAGGCAAUUAGCCCACCAUAUGUGCUUCAGGGAUAGAGGUGGUGGAAAAGGCUGUGGACUGUGCAAAUUUAUACAAGAGGAAUUGCAGCAAAGUGCUGUUCAGCUCAGCUGUAGCAGACUGAGGUCAAAACCUUGCUGUCCUUCCUGCCCCUCAGAAACACAUUCCACCACAACACCCACCUG